AUGAUCGACCUCACGCUCAAGCGGAUAACGCAACUGCUCCCGCCGACGCUCCCGUGGAGCGCGAUCCACGUCGCCGGCACCAACGGCAAAGGCUCGGUGUGCGCGUACCUCUCCACGUCGCUCACGGCCGCGGGGCUGCUCGUCGGCCGCUUCACCAGCCCGCACCUAAUCGACCGCUGGGACUGCAUCAGCAUCAACAACGCGCCGAUCGCGCGGGCUACGUUCGUCGCCGCGGAAAACGCCGUGCUCGAAACCAACGCCCGCCUGCGUCUGCACGCAACAGAGUUCGAGCUCCUGACUGCUACUGCCUUCGAGGUGUUUACGCGUGCGGGCGUGCAGGUUGGUGUGGUGGAGGUCGGCCUGGGCGGCCGCCAGGACGCAACGAAUGCCCUAAGGCCCGAGAAUGUGCUCGUUAGUGUCGUCACAAGGGUCGGGCUGGAUCAUCAGGGGUUCCUGGGGGGUACGCUGGCGGCUAUAGCGGGCGAGAAGGCGGGGAUCACGAAGCGCGGGGUGCCGUUGGUUGUUGAUGCGGAUAAUCCCGCGGACGUCGUGGAGGUGGUGCGCGGCGUGGUUGCGAGGGCGGAAGGUGGUGAGGUGGUGCUCGCUGCGCCUGAGAUGGAGGCGGAUGCGCGGGAGGGGUGUACGAUCACUACACCCGCCUUUGGGACUCUGCGGUUCCCGAAGCUGCUGCCGGGCGCUUUCCAGCCGCAUAACCUCGCCUGCGCGGUCAAUGCGCUCUCGGCCAUCGCUCCGCGGUUCCCGCAGUUGACGGGACGGGGGAUUGUCGCCGCAGUGGCGAAUACGAAGUGGCCUGGGCGGCUGGAACACCUGGAGUUUCCGGGUGGUGGGAAGGUGCUGGUCGACGGCGCACAUAAUCCGCAGGCGCAACGGGAGCUAAGGAAGUACUUGGAUGGCCAUGUUAGAGCUGGGAGGAAAGUGUGGUGGGUUUUGGCGGUCACGAAGGGGAAAGAUGUGGCUGGCAUGGUGGAGGAGUUGGUGGCUGAGGGUGAUGCGGUCGUGGCUACGAGGUUUGGUAAGGUUGAUGGGAUGCCGUGGAUUACGGCUGUGCAGACUAGUGAUAUCGCGGAGUGUGUGAAGCAGGAGAAGAUGGAGGUCGAGGACUGCGUGGAGGCCGUUAGGUCGGCGUGCAGGAAAGCGAAGGAGGAGGGCGCGGCUGUGGUGGUGGCUGGUAGCUUAUAUUUGGUGGGGGACUUGCAUCGAUAUUUGCGCGGCAGGGAAACCGAGGACCAGGUCACGGCAUAG